CACAUAUACCUCCACCAAUAACACCAUGAUGAGACAUCAACUUCUUAACCUCGUCAGGGCUGCGAGUCCCGUAGUGCGCAGCAGCAGCUCCGCAAUCUCACUUGUUCGCCCAACCGUACAACUGGCCUUUUGGAAAUCAACCGCCUUUUACACCACAUCCACCGCUCCAGCUACCACUGGGCCUGCACUCUCCACCAUAGAACAUCUCACUUCUGAAUCCCGUGAUACUGGUAAACAUAUCUUUUCAAGAAAGACUUUCCUCAUAGAUUAUUACACCAACCUUAACAGAACUAACGACAUUGUUCUUUAUGUCCAUCACAAUAACCUUACCAAGACUGAAAACAAAAAGUAUCGUGCUGAUCUUCUCAAGGCUGGUGCCAAGCUUACUUAUAUCAGAAACAGUAUCUAUGGUGUAUACUUGCGUAAUGAGCACGAGACCGACCCAGCUGACCGUGCUGCCAGCGAACGUAACAAGAACAUAGUGCACCCAAUCACUCCAUUGUUGAAUGGUCCUACCGCCGUCAUUUCCAUUCCUGAAUGUGACCCAGCUGUAGUUGCUCAAGUUUUGAAGGUUUUAAAGCAAGCCAACGAAAAAAUGAUCUUGAUUGGUGCCAAGGUUGAACAACAAUUGUUGGAUAUCGAUGCCGUUGGUCUGUUCAAGGACUUACCAGGUAAGCCAGAACUUCAAGCCCGUUUAUUGGCCACUAUGAGACAGUUAGCUGGUGGUGGUUUGGUUCAAACCUUACUGACCCCUCUGCAAAUCUUGUACUUGACUGGUGCUCAAUUAGCCAAGGGAGAAGAAGAAGAACAGAACUAGAUAGACCGAGGAGAAAUGAGAAAAUAAGGAAGAUGUAGAGGUUAAGCAAAUACAAUCUUUAAAAUGAAGUCCAAACGAGUCAUAUAAUUGAAGAGAAUUGGAAGAUACAAAAAUAGUUUUGAUGGCCUCUAAACCCACGUGAGUGUAUAUAUAUACCUUGUACAUACUAACUAAUAUUACACCGAGUAGAC